AUGGUGGGUGGUGAUGAUGAUGGUGAUAGUGGUAGUGAUGGCAGUGACAGUGAUGAUUGGUUGAUGGAAGCAAAGAUGACUCAUUCCCUUGCAGAUUCUAUCGGUGGCCCCUUCCCUGCCUCCUCUCACCGAUGUCACCACAAACAGAAGCACUGUCUGCCAACGCCCCAAGGCGGGAGCCUCCCGGCCACACCACUGCUCUUCCACCCACAUACCAAGGGCUCCCAGAUCCUGAUGGACCUCAGCCACAAGGCUGUGAAGCGGCAGGCUAGCUUCUGUAACGCCAUCACCUUCAGCAACCGGCCCGUCCUCAUCUAUGAGCAAGUCAGGCUAAAGAUCACCAAGAAGCAGUGCUGCUGGAGUGGAGCUCUGCGACUGGGCUUCACAUGCAAGGAUCCGUCCCGAAUUAACCCAGACACACUGCCCAAGUAUGCCUGUCCUGACCUUGUAUCCCAGAGUGGCUUCUGGGCCAAGGCAUUACCUGAGGAGUAUGCUAAUGAGGGCAACAUCAUCGCCUUCUGGGUGGACAAGAAGGGCCGUGUAUUCUACCGGGUCAAUGACUCUGCCGCCAUGCUGUUCUUCAGUGGUGUCCGAACUGCUGAUCCCCUGUGGGCCCUGGUUGACGUCUAUGGCCUCACAAGGGGUGUCCAGCUGCUUGAGAGCGAGAUUGUCCCCCCAGACUGCCUCCGUCCCCGGUCCUUCACUGCCAUCCGAAGGCCCUCGCUGCGGAGAGACCCUGAGGACACGCGCCUCUCUGUCAGCCUGUGCGACCUCAACAUGCAGGACGGGGGCUUCCAGGCUGCGGCCGUGGCGGCGUCAGCCUGUUCCAUCCCGCAGAACUCCCUCAACUCUCAGAACUGCCACUCGUUGCCCCCGCAGCUAGAGAGUGACCUUCGCUUCCACCAGCUGCGAGGCGCUCACAUCAAGAUCCUGGACGAGCAGACAGUGGCCCGGCUGGAGCACGCCCGCGAGGAGCGGACACUGGUCUUCACCAGUCGGCCGCUGCGAGUGGGGGAGACCAUCUUCGUCAAGGUCAACAAAUCCAAUACCUCCCGCCCUGGAACCCUGUCCUACGGUGUCACAACCUGUGAUCCUGGGACUCUGCGUCCCAGUGACCUCCCCUAUAACCCAGAGGCCCUGGUGGACAGGAAGGAGUUCUGGGCCGUGUGCCGGGUCCCUGGGCCCCUCCACAGUGGUGACAUCCUGGGCUUUAUGGUGACUGCUGAUGGGGAGCUGCACCUGAGUCACAAUGGGGCAGCCGCUGGCAUGCAGCUCUGUGUAGACGUUUCCCAGCCCCUCUGGAUGCUCUUCAAUCUGCAUGGGGCCAUCACACAGAUCCGCGUCCUUGGCUCCACCAUCCUGGCUGAGCGAGGUGUCCCAUCUCUCCCAACCUCCCCAGCAUCUUCACCCACUUCUCCUACUGGUCUGUGCAGUCGGCUCUCUGACCCUCUGCUGAGUGCAUGCAGCUCUGGACCCCCCGGCAGCUCUCUCAGUGGCACAGCCCCCAACUCACCUGUAAGCCUGCCUGAGUCGCCUCUGUCACCGGGCCCUGGGCCGGGGCCAGGCCCAGGGCCAUGGAGUGAUGAGUGUACCAUCUGUUAUGAGAACACAGUGGACACGGUCAUCUACACCUGCGGUCACAUGUGCCUGUGCUACUCCUGUGGCCUCCGCCUGAAGAAGACUGUCCACGCUUGCUGUCCCAUCUGCCGUCGAGUCAUCAAGGACAUCAUUAAGACCUACCGGAGCACUUAGAUCCGAUGCUGACCCUGCUGCUCCCCCACCCCACCCUGCCCAUGGUGGGACUCUAGCCAUCAGGAGGCCAACUCCAUCCCUAGCAGAGGGCUAGCAAACAGGGACCCCCUUUUCUCUCUUUUUUGGAAACUUGUUUUCCCUUCUUCCAUUAAAAAAGCAAAGCAAAGGCUCCCCAGGGGCUUUAGGGCAUAUGGGGUAGAAAGAUAGCCCCUUCAGGUGACCUCAUUGGCUACUAUCUCUGGAAUCCGUGAGAAGACAGACCUGUGCUUUGGACCUUAAUUCAUCUGGGGAUGCCCUGACUCAGCAAAAGGCUGGGCCCCUCCCUGGUGAUUUCUAGAGAAGGGGAGGGGCAGAGCAAAUCCAGGAUUUGGAGGAACCAGGAAUAUCUCUCCUUGUUCCCACCCUCAUAAGCCAUGUCUGACCAGGCCUCUGGGGAGGAGUAUAAUGAGAGCCAGCGCCUCCCACCCCAGAGUGCACCUGACCAGUCUGACCCCUUUAAAAAAAGCCUCUCCUGUUUUCUCUUUCCAAUUUUCUUUCCUCUCUUAUCUCUACACUGUCUUCUUCCUCUCCUGCCAUCUCUUCUCUCUCCCUUCCUCUCAUUUUGUCUCUCUCUUCCCUUUCACAGACUGUCAAGUGUUUGACUGAAAGAUUUGGAGCUCUUUGGAAAGGAGCUGCCGUGUCCAUUUUCCUCAGCUAGAGGGCAAGUGGGUAGUGUAGUGGAUAGAGUGUUGAGGGUGGAGUCAGGAAGACCAGAGUUCAAAUCCUCCCUCACUCUCCCUAGUUGUGUGACCCAGGGCAUGUCAUUGAACCUUUUUUUGGCCUCAAUUUACUCAUCUGUAAAAUGAGGGAGUUAGCCUCACUGGCCUUCGGGAAUCCUUCCAACUUUAGAUUUCUGAUCCUGUGACCUACAGGAAGAAAGGAUAUCUGCCUCCUGAACUUUCCCCUCCUCUUCCUUUAUCUUCCUUCCCCUCCCUAUCACAUCUCAGGCUGCCCCUCAGGCAUGAGUGGAAUUGUGAAUUGACUACAGUGAGGAAUGACUACAGAGAGGCCCACCCAGAUUGGAUACCACCUCCUUUUGACUUUUGAGAAGUGGGUUUUAAUGACUCCUGACUUCUCCCAGGCCCCUGUGACCAUGGGGAGAGGUCUUGCUUGCAGUUCGCCUCCUAAGACACAAAUCAUCUCACCCUGCCAUCAUCUGAGGCCUCCAACCAGGGGGCAGGGGCAGGGGCAGGGGAUGCUUCUCCCUAGCUCUCCCCACCCCCACUCCCUCAGGCAUCCUCCUCCUAUCAUCUCAGUGCCAGGGGGGCAGUUCAUCAUGGAAGCUAUGGGGGACCUAGGAGGAGGGGAUGUUUGUGACUCAGACUCUCCCUCACAUAGGUCCUUCCUGCCCAGCAGUCACUUCCAACUUUGGCCAUACCCCCACCCUGGCCUGUAAGCCCUCCCUUGCUCUCUUGCCUUAUUUAUUUUUAAUUAAUUUAUUGAUUUGCACUAGGUGGUAUUACUGUUCCCCCACCUAUCCCUUCCUGCCUCAUGACCUGGAGGACUAGCCUUAGGUGCCUAUGACAUGUGCCAGGCAGGGGGCAGUUGGGUGACAAAGACAGCUUCAUCCCAGAUGCUUCCCACUGGGGCUCAACCCACUCAGGCUCAGUAAGCCUCUCUCCCAUCAAAACCCAGCCAAAUGUUUCCUUAGCCUCCAGGAAUUGAAAAAUCUCUGUCCUAGACAAUUCUCUCCCAUUUCCCAGAGGAGAUUUCAGGUGUUCUAGAGUUUCAGGAGGCAGUUUGGUACUGGAUUUUGAGUCAAAGGACCUGAGUUCAAGCCUCAAUUCUGCUACUAUCUGCGCAGCCUUGGUUACUUCACCUCUCUGGGUCUCAGUUUCCUCAUCUGUAAAUGGGAGGGGGUGGACAAGAUGAACUUUGAGGUCUUUCCCAAUUCCUUAUGAUUCUGAGACUGGUAGAGAGAACCCAGAGGCAGAAAAAGGAGGGUUCAUUUGGGAAAGUUUUGUUUGUUGACCUCUAAUCUGUGGUAGGAGUAGGUUACCUGGGGUAAGACACUUUCCCUCUCUAUCUUCUUCUCCUCCAACCCAAUGAAAGGCCAAAAAAAAGAGUCCUGGACCUCAGUGAAAUAGGUUUCCAGUUGAGAGGAAGUGGAGAUGCUUAAAGCCUUUUGAUGUCUGUCCAUCCUCUGUUUGUCCUCCCAGGGUUAGAGGUCCAGAGCUGUCUUUUGGGAGAAUGUCAGUCUGUGAUUUGGGAUGCAUUGCCAAGGGACCUGGGGAAAGUGGUGUCUUUAGCACUUGUCUCAAGCCACAAUCAUCUCACCCAAAGUCCAUCCCUAACACUGACCAGGCUUCAGGAUCUCAGGGGUAUUAGAUGGUAUGGAGGUACUGAGUAGGGUUGGGUCUUCCCUAGGUUCACCAGGCUGAGUCUUUCCCACCUUUGAGGGUUAGCAACUGCUUUUGUUUGACCCUUUGCUGCUACCCUAUCUGUCCAUAUCCAGUCUUGGUCCACCUCUGCUGCUGAACAGAGGGAGAACAUGAGGGAAAGCAUCACCUUUCAGUGCAAAGAGCCCUCAACCAGAAGACCUGGAUUUUCUUCCUAUCUCUGUCAUUAACUCCCUGUGUGAGCCUAAGCAAACCACUUUUGCUCUGUGUAUGUCCAUUUUCUCUAAGUCAUGGGAGUUGUACUGGAUGGUUUCUAAAGUUCCUUCCAGUUCUGAAGUUAGAUUGAGGUUAAUUCUAAGAUUUUGGUUGGUAGGUUGGUAUUGGAGAUGGGGGUGUGGGAGAGAAGUCCUUUCCCCAGCCCUUCCAGAAGCAAGGAAUCUCCUGGUUGGUUCCUUUGAGAUUCUAAAUUAGGGCAUCUUUAGGGAGGUGGGGACAGGGUUCCCCUUACUCUGUUCUGAUCUGGGGUCAUAUUCUCAUGGGGUGCUGGGGAAAAGGAAGAAUGGGAAGAAGGAGGAAGAGAAGGCACCUACCAUGUUCUAUUCCAUUUCUUUCUGAUGCUGUACUCUGUUAGACGCCACCUCCAUUGUGUCCUCUGGGUCACCCUGAUUGUGAAUAAAGGUGAUUUAGCUAUUCUAA